AUGGCAGGAACUACCAACGACUUCCAGAACGGUGCGCCCUUCUACCUCGAUGCGACGCAGCAAGAUCUGCUCCUCGCGGCACUGGCCUCGAACAACCAGAACCCGAACGACCUCUUCUCCGCUGGCCUAGAUAACAGUUCCGGCAACAAGCAGUCCAUGAACAACUCGCAAUUUCAGUAUCCCCUUGACAGCCUCGAUCCCGCAUACUUCACGUCCCCCCAACAACAAGCGCCUGCAAAUAGCUUCAACAACACAGGCAUGGAGGAAAGCCCCUUUGUCGACUACCUAGAUGGCGACAACAGUUUCGACUUCGACAACGCAGACGGAGACAUGAUUGGCUCACUUCCCGGAGACACUCCUGGCGAUUCAAGCGAAAAGCGGAAGAGCCCGGGUGACGACGGUGAUGACGAUGACGAGGGCGGCGGCAAGCGCAGAGAAGGUGAAGACAAGCAAGCAAAGAAGCCAGGGCGCAAGCCACUAACUUCGGAGCCCACGACUAAGAGGAAAGCCCAAAACCGCGCGGCCCAGCGAGCUUUCCGAGAACGCAAAGAGAAGCAUCUGAAAGACCUCGAAACAAAGGUACAGGAAUUGGAGAAAGCUUCUGAUGCUACAAACCACGAAAACGGUCUUCUACGGGCCCAAGUGCAACGACUGCAGACGGAACUUCGCGAAUACCGGAAACGACUAUCAAUGAACAGCACUGGAGUGACCCGUACCCCACCUCUUGCGGGAGGCUUCAGCUCUAUGCUUAACAGCAAUAGCAGUAACAACAACUUCUCCUUCGACUUCCCGCGAUUUGGCGGACUCCCUGGCGCUCAGCUCCUAGACAACGGUCCCUUGGCCAAGAACAAGAACACAUCGGUUUCUUCGGGUGUGUCAAGUCGAAACAACAGCACCGGACGCGCCCUUAGUCCGACUAGCAAGGCUAAUGGCCAGCUCACAAACUCUCCUGGAGCUAUGGGUGCAGGUAAUGCGCAGCGCUCUGGCAGUCUGAACGGCUUCUUCGGUUUCGACAGCAGCAAACCAAACAACGACACUCCUCGCAGCAAUACCGAGAGUUCUACUGGUUCGCAAUCACGUGUCUUCCAGUUCAACAGUGGCUCUUCUAGCCAUUCAGACUCACCGUCCAACUCCUCCACAUCGCCUACCAACCAGGACUCCUCGUGUGGAACAUCACCAGAGCCAAGUCAUACCUCGCCCAAUCAGCAGGUAGACACGAUCAAGGACGGUUAUGUGUGUCAUGGAAACUCCGAAGGUGAGGUUCUCUUCUGCGAAAAGCUCAACAUGGCCUGCGGCAACCCUCGUAAUCCCAUGCCUCGUGCGAUGUCCCAAUCUGACGACAAACCUUCUCCUGCAGUCUUACACGCCACCAAAUCACCCACACCCGCACCUGCCGCCAACGGCCUCGAUUACUUCGCGAAUCAGAACGGCGGCCAAUUCGACCCAACACUCUUUGGAGAAUACCGCGAUACCCAGAAUGCGAUUGUGGGCGACGGCGACUUCACCGGUGGCUUCUUCAACGAUGCUUUCCUCAACACGGGCUACGGUAGCCCCUUCCACUUCGGCGAUACACCAGCCGUGCAGAAGACGAAUCCUCUCGAGGAAAUCGAGCGCAUACAAGAUGGUGAGGAUGAAGUUGUUCCGGGCGAGGAUGUCAACUCGCUCCUCAACUGCCAUAAGAUCUGGGACAAGCUGUCAAGUCGCCCAGACUUCAAGGACGGCACGAUUGACAUUGACAACUUGUGUUCAGAACUCCGCGCCAAGGCCCGUUGUUCCGAGAGCGGUGUCGUCGUUGAUCACAAGGAUGUUGAGGCUGCUCUGAAGAGGUUGCCCAAGGAUAAGCUUCUCGGAUAA